GUCUUGGGAGAGGUUGUCAGGCGAUGUACGCAAAUCCAACGGGUUUGGGACCUGAGAUAGCGUUCUUCAACAUGUUACUGGUUAAAAAGAAGAUCUUUUUAUCAAACCUCUGGAUGCACAUUCACUUUUGCGACCAGAAGCGAUUGAAGCCUGGUUCUACCUCUACAGAACGACUUGUGACAAAACUUAUCAAGAAUGACGUUGGAAUGCCUUUGAAGCGAAUUAGAAAUAUGCGCGGGUGCGAAAUGGUUACCAGUGAAGAGUGUCAAGAAAAUCCCUGUUACAUACAGAGAUCUGAUGGAACUGUUUUUAUCUGCUAAGGUUUCAACUAUCUCUAUCUUCUAUUUGCUGAUAAUCAAAAGGAUUUGUUCCCAUUGGACAAAUGGGUAUACAACACCGAAGCUCUCCUCUACCAAUUGAUCAUUAGCAUAUGCCCCUGACUAUAGAGAUGAGUACGGAAGUAGCUCUGUCCCUGCUAAUCAGAUCUUGAGAGCUGCCAGCAGGCCGCCGAAGAUGUCAUCUCAGUUUGGU